CUUACACCGAAUGAACCAGUGUGCAGCAGCAAAAGUUGACAAGAAUGUAACAGAGGAAACAGUGAAGAUGUUGUUUUCGAACAUCGAAGAUAUCCUUGCAGUACAUAAAGAAUUCUUAAAAGUUGUAGAGGAGUGCCUACAUCCUGAACCUAAUGCUCAACAGGAAGUGGGAACCUGCUUUCUUCACUUUAAAGACAAAUUUCGCAUCUAUGAUGAAUAUUGUAGUAACCAUGAAAAAGCACAAAAAUUGCUCCUUGAACUUAACAAAAUAAGAACAAUUCGGACAUUUCUUUUGAACUGCAUGCUGCUUGGAGGACGAAAAAACACAGAUGUUCCCCUGGAAGGCUACUUGGUAACGCCCAUACAAAGGAUAUGCAAGUACCCUCUCCUUUUAAAGGAAUUACUGAAGCGGACUCCACGGAAACACAGCGACUAUGCAGCAGUGACCGAAGCCCUCCAAGCCAUGAAAGCAGUCUGUUCUAACAUAAAUGAGGCCAAGAGGCAAAUGGAGAAGUUAGAAGUUCUGGAGGAAUGGCAGUCUCACAUUGAAGGCUGGGAGGGGUCCAACAUUACUGACACCUGCACUGAAAUGCUAAUGUGUGGAGUUUUGCUGAAAAUUUCUUCGGGAAACAUUCAAGAACGGGUGUUUUUUCUUUUUGAUAAUCUUUUGGUGUACUGCAAAAGAAAACACAGACGAUUGAAGAAUAGCAAGAGCGCUACGGAUGGACAUCGAUACCUUUUUCGUGGCCGGAUCAACACAGAAGUGAUGGAAGUGGAGAAUGUAGAUGACGGCACGGCGGAUUUCCACAGCAGUGGACAUAUUGUUGUUAAUGGGUGGAAAAUACAUAACACAGCAAAAAACAAGUGGUUUGUGUGCAUGGCAAAAACACCUGAAGAAAAGCAUGAAUGGUUUGAAGCAAUUUUGAAAGAAAGAGAACGACGAAAAGUUUUAAAAUUAGGAAUGGAGCAAGAUACCUGGGUAAUGAUCUCUGAACAGGGUGAGAAACUUUAUAAAAUGAUGUGCAAGCAAGGAAAUCUAAUCAAAGACAGAAAAAGAAAACUGACUACGUUCCCUAAAUGCUUUCUUGGAAGUGAGUUUGUGUCAUGGCUGUUGGAGAUUGGAGAAAUUCACAAGCCUGAGGAAGGUGUUCACUUGGGACAAGCAUUAUUAGAAAAUGGAAUUAUCCAUCAUGGUAAUUAUUUUAGUCCUUUAUUUACUUAA